AUGGAUGAUUGUCAGGAAAAGCACAACAAGAUAGAUCAGUUUGAUCCUGAUUUCAUCAUUCCUUUAAUCGUCCUUCACUCACUAAGCUCCAUCUGUGCCACUCUUCUCAACGCUCUUGUUAUUCUGACAAUAUGGAAGACACCUUCUCUUCGUACGCCAUCAAGGAUUUUCCUCUGCUGUCUCGCUGUUAGYGACUUUUUCAUGGGAUUCAUAGCACAGCCUCUCUUCGUUGUGUACUGUAUUGCUGCACUAAGAAAGUGGACUGAUAUCUUYUGUGCGAUUUGGGUUGUUAAUCUGCGAGUYGCUUACUGCCUUGGUGGGUUAUCACUUGGCWCUCUAACAUUYAUCAGUAUAGAUCGAUGCCUAGCCAUUAAGACUAAGAUGUCAUAUAAGUCUCUGGUCACGUUAAAACGUGUAUUAUGGUUAGUGAUUUGUGGCUGGGUUUUAUGUAUUGUGAGUAUCUCUCUUGCCAUACAGUACUUCCCUUUUCGGACAUGUCUUCUCGUUGGGUCUGUUUUUAUCGUAGUCGGGUUGCUCAUAAUAACAGUGUCGUAUUCUUUGUCGUUCCAUGCUUUAAAAAAGCUGUCUCUCAAAGUGUCGUGUCCUCCAAGUUCUUCUACUUCGAAGAAUAAAUUAGCGUUAAUGAACCAAUCAGCAUCGUUGAACCCWCUUGCAUCGAUACAUCAAUCAACGUCAAGRAAAAAAUCUGCAUCAGUCAKUGAAUCMGCAUCCACAGAUCAAUCACAACAGGAGAAUAAGCCACCUACACYCAACCAAUCAYAUUUAGUCAUCCAAUCGGCAUCAAURAAURAASCRCCUUCAAAUGACACACCACCGUCAUUGGACCAAUCACCAUCGGGUUUUCAAGAUAACCCAYCAGCAUCGAMURCGCAACMGACCCAAUCCACAUCAUCACGUCUCCCAGCGUCAACGGAUUUCAACGCUUUCAAGUACAAGAGAUCUCUCAUAACUAUGCUGAUGAUAUUAGCCCUGACAAUUCUCUCAUACUUGCCUCUGAUUUGCCAUACUUUUAUAAAUGCUUUGAUUACUUUAAACAACGCUAUCGUGUUUUCUCAAUUCAGUCAAUUUAUCGUUGCGCUUAAUUCAACCCUCAACCCCUUGCUGUACCUGUGGCGAAUGAARGACUUGAGAAGAGCAACAAAUACUACACUUCGACCGAUAAUAUCUAAGGUUCAAUGGUGA